UUUUCUACAAAGGCGACUGCGAGGUUUAGUAGCGAGGUGGACUCUCCCCUCCCGCUCGCCUUUCACACACAGAAAGCCCUUUUCCACCACUGAGCAAAUCUCCCCCCCCUCGUUCCGGGAAAAUAGGUUGCCCUCGGUACUUCCUCUUAAGGGAGCAGAUGUUAUCUCAAUCCUUGCCAGUUGCUCCAGAGGACAAAACAAAUGGGCGAGGAAGGAGUUCCUCAGAGCAUUUUGAUAUGGUCAUUUAAAAUGGAUAUGGAAGAGCAGGAGUUGCUUGGCGAUUAUAGGUACAGAAAUUAUUCUUCAGCAAUUGAUAAAGCUUUGAGGAACUUUGAAUCUUCAAGUGAAUGGGCAGAUCUCAUAUCUUCUCUUGGGAAACUCAACAAGGCUCUUCAAAGUAAUUUGAAGUAUUCCCUUUUACCAAGACGCUUGAUUAUCAGUAAAAGAUUGUCCCAGUGUUUACACCCAGCAUUACCUACUGGAGUGCAUAUAAAAGCACUGGAAUCCUAUGAAGUAAUAUUUAAAAUUAUUGGAACAAAAUGUCUUGCAAAGGACUUAUUUCUCUACAGUUCAGGCCUUUUUCCAUUGCUUGGUGUUGCAGCAUUGUCAGUGAAACCCGUCUUGCUCGAUUUGUAUGAAAAUUAUUUUCUCCCACUUCAGAAAUCUCUCCUGCCAAGUCUUCAGGCCUUCUUAAUUGGCCUUUUGCCUGGUUUGGAGGAAGGAUCAGAAUUCUAUGACAGGACUGAUGCUUUGCUUGUGAAGUUGUCCCUUGUAAUUGGAAAAGAAGUGUUUUAUUCUGCCUUGUGGGCCAGUGUCUUGGUUAGCCCUUCUGUAAGACUACCUGCUUCCCUUUUUGUUGUCAAUCAUAUCAACAGAGCAAUACCUGGAAAGCAGCAGAAUUAUAUAAUGGGGACUGAUCCUAAUCUCACAAUACAAGCUAUUUGUGUGUCAAUGCUGGAUUCAAAUGUUCUUGUACAAAGAAACACUUUGGAAGUAGUUCUCUUCUUUUUCCCAUUAUAUUCUUCUUUGGACCCAAAUGAGAGUGCUAUUCCACUGCAUAGGUCUGAUUUGGUUCAUCUUCUGUCAGCAGCUGCACAGACUCUCUUAAGAAGAGAUAUGUCACUAAACAGAAGGCUAUAUUCAUGGUUGCUAGGCUCUGAUAUCAAAGGGAAAGCUUCUGUACCAGCGUUAUCCAUUAAUGCAUCCUUAGAAGAUUAUGCCCACAGUUUUUUUGAAAAAUACUCCAAAGAACUUUUAGUUGAGGGUUUAAUUGAAAUACUACAUCAGAAAUUUUCAGAAUCUGACUUAGAAGAACAGCACCAUGCAUAUUUGAAGCCAUUCCGCAUUCUCAUAAGCCUACUUGACAAGCCUGAAAUAGGCCCAUUAGUCAUUGCGGACUUAUUUCUUGAAGUGAUCAGAGCAUUCUAUAGAUAUUGCAAAGAAACACUGGGUUCUGAUCUUAAACUUAGCUAUAGUCAAACUGGGAAUGUCCUUACAAGUGCAAUAAAAGAAAACAAGAAUGCAUCUGAGAUUGUUAAAACAGCUAACAUGUUGAUCACAUCCUUAAACACAGAUUUUCUGUGGGAUUAUAUGACCGGAUGCAUUGAGGACUGCUUAAGCGACAAAAAUAAAUCCACACAGACACAACUGCUAACUAAUGGUGCAACAAUUUCAGAACUCUGCACACUAACAGUGUUUCUUCUAGAUGUGAUACCACUGGAACUUUAUUCUGAAGUACAGUCUCUGUAUCUGCCACAAAUGCUCAACUGUAUGGUACAAAGUCUUCUUGAAAACAUGGAAGUACUAAGUUUAUCAGAGUUCACAUACAUGUUAAGAACAUGUUUUAAAGUGCUUAGUAAAGUGCAAAUGCCAUCUGCCUACCUGAGUACUGAAACUGGAAGCUCAGACUCUAGUCCUGUAAAGGAAGACAACCAGGAAAUAAGUUCAGAAUCCAAGGUACUAGAAGAUGAAGAAGACAUUCCUUUACCUUCAAUAAAAUCUGAAGACAGCGGCAUUGCUCUUAGUGCUUCAUCUCCUGAACUGUUACAGCAUUUGAGGAUGCCUAGGAUAAUCCCUGACAAAGAUGAUGUCUGGAAAAAGGGUGGAAGCUUGCAGAUGACUUUGCACUAUAUCCAGGAACUGGUUGCCAAAUUUGCCAGUAAACAUAUAUUUGAGAUUCAUUUACAGAAUUCCAAUAAUGACAAUGUUUCAAAAGUCCAUGUCAGUCAAGGAAACAACAAAGAGAAUAAUUACCAAGUUGCCAUAAAUACUGAGGACAAAAGGCACUUGUAUGACUCCAGGCAGAUAGUGGUGCCUCAGUUGAAGCAAAUGCUAUCAGAUUUCUUCACCGUACGAGGAUCACCUUUUAAACAGAAAGGUUUGAAGCCUUCAUCCCCUUCUGAUGAAUGUGAUAAUCCAAGGGAUAAAGAAGAGAAAGAUUGGGACCUUGAUCGAGUUACAUUUGAUUUGGGAGCUACACGAGAGGAUUGCAGAGAGACCUUUUCAGCUCUGUGCUAUCUCUUAUUGGAUUGCACUACGUUUCCGGUCUAUCUUUCUGAAGAAGAAUCCGAACUGUUGUAUUUGUCACUCUUUCAAGUGCCUGGAGGCAGUGAAUCCAGUUUUCCUUUGUGGCUUAAAUCCUUGAUGACAAUAUGUUGCUGUGUUAAUGACUGCUACAUUCAGAAUUUGGCCAUUUCUGUACUGCUAGAAGUAAUCAACCAUUCCCAGUCACUGGCAUUGGUUAUUGAAGACAGAAUUAAACGAUAUAAAAUUCCUGGGCAAAACCCCUUCUUUGGAAGACUGCAGAUGGUCACAAUUCCUCCUAUUGCUCCUGGAAUCCUAAAGCUAAUUUCAGAAAAAACUGAUUUCUAUCAGAGAGUUGCUCAGGUGCUUUGGAAUCAGCUAAACAAAGAGACACGAGAACAUCACAAUACCUGUGUAGAACUGUUCUAUCGUCUGCAUUGUCUAGCUCCAUCUGCUAAUAUCUGUGAAGAUAUUAUCUGCCUUGCAUUACUGGAUCAUGAUAAAUGUAUGCGGCUGGAAGCACUGUUCAGAUUCUCCGUCAUGUGGCAUUUGACUAGAGAAAUUCAGGGCAAUAGAACUACAUCCCACAACCGAUCUUUUGAUAGAUCCCUGUUUGUUGUCCUGGAUAGUCUAAACUAUUCAGAUG